CCCUGCGGGUCUCAGUAAUGAGGAGACCGAGUUUGUGGUGGCUGCUGAGCAGGGUCUGUCUGCUGCUGCCGCCGCCCUGCGCACUGGUACUGGCCGGGGUGCCCGGCUCCUCCUCGCACCCGCAGCCCUGUCAGAUUCUCAAGCGCAUCGGCCACGCUGUGAGGGUGGGCGCGGUGCACCUGCAGCCCUGGACCACAGCCCCACGCGCAACCAGCCGCGCUCCGGACAGCAGCCGGGCGGGUGCGCAGAGGGAUGAGGCUGAGCCGGGGACUUGGAGACCCCUGGCGCCCUCUCAGGGCGCACGCUGGUUGGGGAGUGCAUUGCAUGGCCGGGGACCGCCCGGCGCCAGGAAGCCCGGGGAGGGUUCCAGGGCCGAGACUCUGUGGCCACGGGACGCCCUCUUAUUCGCAGUGGACAAUCUGAACCGAGUGGAAGGGUUGCUGCCCUACAACCUGUCUUUGGAAGUAGUGAUGGCCAUCGAAGCGGGCCUGGGAGACCUGCCACUUUUGCCCUUCUCCUCUCCUAGCUCACCGUGGAGCAGCGACCCUUUCACCUUUCUGCAGAGUGUGUGCCACACCGUGGUGGUGCAAGGGGUGUCGGCACUGCUGGCCUUUCCCCAGAGCCAGGGCGAGAUGAUGGAGCUGGACUUGGUGAGCUCAGUCCUGCACAUCCCGGUGAUCAGCAUCGUGCGCCACGAGUUUCCGCGGGAGAGUCAGAAUCCCCUUCACCUACAGCUGAGUUUAGAAAAUUCAUUAAGUUCUGACGCUGACGUCACUGUCUCAAUCCUGACCAUGAACAGCUGGUACAAUUUUAGCUUGUUGCUCUGCCAGGAAGACUGGAACGUCACCGACUUCCUUCUUUUUACCCAGAAUAAUUCCAAGUUCCACCUUGGGUCUAUCAUCAACAUCACUGCUAACCUCUCCUCCACCAAGGACCUCUUUAGCUUUCUACAGGUCCAGCUCGAGAGUGUUAAGAACAGCACAGCCACAGUAGUGAUGCUUGGCUGCGACAUGGAAAGCAUCCGGCAGAUUUUUGAAAUUUCCACCCAAUUUGGGGUAACACCCUCUGAACUUCACUGGGUGCUAGGAGACUCCCAGAAUGUGGAGGAACUGAGGACCGAAGGUCUGCCCUUGGGGCUAAUUGCUCAUGGAAAAACAACACAAUCUGUCUUUGAGUACUACGUACAAGAUGCCAUGGAGCUAGUUGCAAGAGCUGUAGCAACAGCCACUAUGAUUCAGCCAGAACUCGCUCUCAUUCCCAGCACGAUGAAUUGCAUGGAUGUGAAAACUACAAAUCUCACUUCAGGACAAUAUUUAUCAAGGUUUCUUGCCAACACCACUUUCAGAGGCCUCAGUGGCUCCAUCAAAGUAAAAGGUUCUACCAUCGUCAGCUCAGAAAACAACUUUUUCAUCUGGAACCUGCAACAUGACCCUAUGGGAAAGCCCAUGUGGACACGCUUGGGCAGCUGGCAGGGAGGCAGGAUUGUCAUGGACUAUGGAAUAUGGCCAGAGCAGGCCCAGAGGCACAAAGCUCACUUUCAGCACUCAAGCAAACUACAUUUAAGAGUAGUUACCCUGAUUGAACACCCGUUUGUCUUCACAAGGGAAGUAGAUGAUGAAGGCUUGUGUCCUGCAGGGCAGCUCUGUCUAGACCCGAUGACUAAUGACUCAUCCGUAUUGGACAGCCUAUUCACUAGUCUCCAUAGCAGUAAUGAUACAGUGCCAAUAAAAUUCAAGAAGUGUUGCUACGGAUAUUGCAUUGAUUUGCUAGAGAAACUAGCAGAAGACAUGAAUUUUGACUUUGACCUUUAUAUUGUUGGGGAUGGAAAAUACGGAGCCUGGAAAAAUGGCCACUGGACUGGGCUGGUGGGUGAUCUUCUGAAUGGGACUGCCCACAUGGCGGUCACUUCCUUCAGCAUUAAUACUGCACGCAGCCAAGUGAUAGAUUUCACCAGUCCUUUCUUCUCCACCAGCUUGGGCAUCUUAGUGAGGACCCGAGACACAGCAGCUCCCAUUGGAGCCUUCAUGUGGCCACUCCACUGGACGAUGUGGCUGGGGAUUUUUGUUGCUCUGCACAUCACUGCCAUUUUUCUCACUCUGUACGAAUGGAAGAGUCCUUUCGGUAUGACUCCCAAGGGCCGAAACAGAAGCAAAGUGUUCUCUUUCUCGUCAGCCUUGAAUGUUUGUUAUGCCCUCUUGUUUGGUAGAACAGUAGCCAUGAAACCUCCAAAAUGUUGGACUGGAAGAUUUCUAAUGAACCUUUGGGCUAUUUUCUGUAUGUUUUGUCUUUCCACAUAUACAGCAAACUUGGCUGCUGUCAUGGUAGGUGAGAAGAUCUAUGAAGAACUUUCUGGAAUACAUGACCCUAAGCUGCACCAUCCAUCCCAAGGCUUCCGGUUUGGAACUGUUCGGGAAAGCAGUGCUGAAGAUUAUGUGAGGCAAAGUUUCCCAGAGAUGCAUGAGUACAUGAGAAGGUACAAUGUCCCAGCCACCCCUGAUGGAGUGCAAAAUCUGAAAAAUGAUCCAGAGAAGCUAGAUGCCUUCAUCAUGGACAAAGCCCUUCUGGAUUACGAAGUGUCCAUAGACGCUGACUGCAAGCUUCUGACAGUGGGGAAGCCAUUUGCCAUAGAAGGAUAUGGUAUUGGCCUCCCACCCAACUCUCCACUGACUUCCAAUAUAUCCGAACUGAUCAGUCAGUACAAGUCGCAUGGAUUUAUGGAUGUGCUGCAUGACAAGUGGUACAAGAUGGUUCCCUGUGGCAAGAGAAGUUUCACUGUGACUGAGACCUUGCAAAUGGGCAUCAAACAUUUCUCUGGACUUUUUGUGCUGCUGUGCAUCGGAUUCGGUCUGUCCAUCUUGACGACCAUUGGUGAGCACAUAGUGUACAGGCUGCUGCUGCCGCGAAUCAAAAACAAAUCCAAGCUGCAAUACUGGCUGCACACCAGUCAGAGAUUUCAUAGAGCAUUAAACACGUCAUAUGUAGAAGAAAAGCAGCAGCGUUUCAAGUCCAAACAUGUGGAAAAGAGGACCAACAUGGGACCCCGUCAGCUCAUGGUAUGGAAUACUUCCAGUUUGGGUCAUGACAACCAACGAAAACACAUUUUCAGUGAUGAAGGAGAACCAAACCAGCUGGGCAUCCAGACCCACCAAGACAUCCCUCUCCCCGCGAGAAGAGAGCUCCCGGCCACGGUGACCACCAAUGGAAAAGCCAAUUCCCUCAACCUUGCUCGGAACUCUGUGAUGCAGGAACUCUCAGAGCUUGAAAAGCAGAUUCAAGUGAUCCGCCAGGAGCUGCAGUUGGCUGUGAGCAGGAAAACGGAGCUGGAAGAAUAUCAAAGGACAAAUCGGACUUGCCCCAAAGUAGAUGUGCAGCUGCCUGUGGAAGAUUAACCCUGACAGCACCUGUCUGCAACCUGAGACUCUGGCACCAUGCACUGAGCACCCGGAUGCCUGCCCAGCACAGGAGGCUGAUGUACAGGUAGACCUCGACUCACAUCACAGCCAUGCUCCUACUGUUGCACAUGGACAUUUUUGUAACUCAGUUCAUAUUCUGACUGUCCUUGAGAAGCUGGCUAUCUAAGGGAACCCAGAGGUGAAUUUUUGUAAAGUAUAGCUCUUUUUUGUAUUGCAAUUAAUUAUCCCUUAAUGUACCUGUUUUGUAAGUUUGGAUUUUUGUAUAUCGGGUUUACCUUAAGCUUCUCUACAGAGGCAUUCUGAGCAGUGCUAAUUGGAUGCCAGACUGCCUGCCUAUCCACAGAGCUGCAGACCAGUGCAUGCUCCUUGAGUAUCUUCUGAGGAACUACCCAGCCAAACAGUGGCCAAAACACAGUGAGCAGCAGAGCAGCGGGGGCUGAGGGCAGGCUUACUGCUGCCAACACUGCUUGAGAUACUUCCAUGUCCUGGAUGAAGAAAAACCAUAAUUGCUUGUGGUGAAAUGAAGCAGUCUUCAUGUUAAGUAACAACAGCUUUUUCAAUGGUAGUUACUGAACAGUAUUUUGCAAUUUGUGAAACAGUAUGUUGUGUUUUGUAAAAAGAUUUCAUGAAAGGGUGGAUCCCUGAAAACCUCUUUUCUGUUCUGUUCCACCUCAGUUCUCUCAACUCCCCUCCCGGGUUCAAAGAAAGAAAAAGAAAAAAGAAAAGUCAGAAUCCUUUAUGUGGAGGGUUGUAUUUUGAUCCACUAGCAAGAGCUAAGGACGCUCUUGUUUCCCCUGGUGGGUGCCCAUUUCAUGAAAUUAGGGAAAUCUCAGUCCCUUUUGCACUCUGAUAUUGGGAAGCCUGGAAUAUGACAAACUGUGUCUCCUGCCACAGGAAGACUAAGAUGGAACAUGCAGGGCUAUUCAGUUUGUGUAAAUAAGGGCCCCAAAGUGUAUGUGCCAUAGACAAAAAAGAAAGGAAAUUCCUCUAGCAGAUAAAAACAAGUUGGAAGAAGGACUGGAAUGGCCAAUAUGGCAGCCACAGUGACCCGGUGGGUUAAGAUUUUUAAUGUGCCUGGAGGUACACUCCAUUAUUCAUGAAUCUUGCUGCACAAACUCUUUAAGGGAGAUGCUGCUCCCCAUAGGGCUCAGCCCAAGGAGUGGAAAGCAAAACAGUCGUAUGGGGUAACAGACUUCCCAAUGCGGGGUCUAUUAGAGCCGAGGAGCAGGUUAGCACCUCCUUGGUUUACAGAGAGAAUAAAGGGGAGAUGACCUGUCUUUUCACCCUCUUUUUCUCCUAACUCAUGACAAGCCAGUCAGAGAAUCCAGUCCUCAGAUGAAACUGCUUUCUAGUUCAUACUACUUCACCACCUGGAUUAUUCUUUUCCUUAACUAAACCAUCCAUCCAAUCCAGGAUUCCCUCACUUUUCUUUUUGUCACUUACCAUUUUAUGAAAAUAUUGUACUUAUUAGUAUUUUCAUAAGGUUUGUGAAGAGUAUUUGCAUUGUGUCUUCAUUUCACUGUGUUUGCAAGCACUCCGCUCCAAGAACCGCAGUGCUGUCUUGUGAGCAUGAAGUCUGUGAGCUGCUUUGCUCUCGCCCCUCUUCUUGUACAACCUCGGGGAUGGACUACAUUGUCCUCAGGUCUUUUCCAUCUUCGGUUUCUAUAACUGUGGAAUAAAUGUUCAGACGGAAACA